AUGGAGAAGAACAUCAACAAAGGUGUCUUUGGUGCAUCUCAAAGGGGCCCUCAGAAGAGCUGUGAUAUAGGACAUUUCAGAAUCUGGGCGCCCAAGGUCAAAAGUGACCGGAGAGGACCCCAUAAGUCUCGGAUGAGCGAGACGGGGCUGCGGUUAGAGGAACGGCCUCUGAGGAGCCUGGUGGAGGGAGAGUUGUGUCUUCAGACACGCUUGAAGAAGAUGGAGGUCCUUCAGAGGUGGAUGCUACAUGUCGCCAUCGCGGUGGUGGACCUUCUGCAGGAGCUCACGGACAUCGACACCCUGCACGAGAGUGAGGAAGGGGCAGGGGUCCUCAUAGACGCCUUGGUGGACGGGCAGGUGGUUGCAUUGUUGGUGCAGAAUCUGGAGCGUCUGGAUGAAAGCGUCAAGGAAGAGGCGGACGGCGUCCAUAAUACUCUGGCUAUCAUUGAGAACAUGGCGGAGUUUCGGCCGGAGGUGUGUGCGGAUGCCGCCCAGCAGGGCCUCAUGCAGUGGCUUCUUAAGAGGCUGAAGCCCACGGAUGAAAGCUGUUUUUUAAACCUCUUUGUCCGGCUGGCCGUGCUUUUGUGCCGUCUUCCCGAUGGCCAAAACAACCGGGAGAUGCUGGGGGAGCUGGAUGGGAUCGACGUCCUGCUUCAGCAGUUGUCGGUGUUCAAGCGGCACAACCCGGGCCCCGCCGAGGAGGAGGAGAUGAUGGAGAACCUCUUCGACUCGCUUUGCUCUUCGCUGAUGCUCAGCUCCAACCGGGAUCGCUUCCUGAAGGGCGAAGGGCUGCAGCUGAUGAACCUCAUGCUCAGGUGA